UGACGCUGUUACUUCUGUGUCCGUGUGCAUUUUUUUUUUUUCAACCCCUUGCUAACACAAGAUAGGUGUUUUAUGGUGGGGUGGGUUAAAGUUUAAUGACUUUGAUAGUUACACAUUGAGGAGCACAGUAAGUCUAUUACCCAUCAACCGCUACAGAGCGUGGCAAACGCUUAGUAGUGAGCAGCUGGUUGCUGAGGGCCCGAGAGAAAAACCAGGCAUCAAAUAGUAUUAAUUCUUCCUGCGAUAUAAAAAUGGUAAAGGCGACAAUAAUUGUGGCACUGGCAGUGCUGCUGGUGGCAUCGGUCGCCACAUUUGUGGGUGUAUUCUUUGGUGUCGGGAGUAGGAAGCAACCGAGUGAUCAGGUGUACUUGAAGGCAGCUGUGGCAGCCGAUGCCGGGCCGUGUUCAGAGAUCGGCAGAGACAUACUGAUGAAAGGGGGGUCUGCAGUAGAUGCCUCUAUAGCUGCAUUACUGUGUGUUGGACUUAUGAAUGCUCACAGCAUGGGCAUCGGAGGAGGACUUUUCUUCACCAUCUACAAUGUCACAACUGGGAAAGUUGAGACCAUUGAUGCCAGGGAGACGGCACCACGCAAUGCAACAGAGAACAUGUUUGGGAACAGUACUGAUUUAUCCCAGAAAGGAGGGUUGUCUAUUGCUGUACCGGGAGAGAUUCGAGGUUAUGAAAUGGCGCACAAACGACAUGGCAAACUGCCUUGGAAAGACUUGUUCCAGCCAAGCAUUGAUCUUGCAGAAAAAGGUUUCCCUUUGGGCAGGGCACUUGCCUCAGCUUUGUCCAGACACAAGAAAACCAUCAUCAAAGACCAAGCACUGUGUGAAGUGUUUUGUGGGAAAAAUGACGACGUCCUGAAAGAAAAAGACACCAUCAAAUUUACCAAGCUUGCAGUAACUUAUAGGAAAAUAGCAGAAGAGGGUCCUGAUGCUUUCUACCAGGGACAGCUGGCUCAGGACCUUGUGACAGAUAUUCAGGCAGCAGGCGGAAUCAUCACAAUGGAGGAUCUGAAGGAUUAUGUGCCUGUCUUGGAUGAGCAGCCUUUAAGGGUGAAUGUGGGGGAGUACACCAUGUCUGUUCCCAAUGCCCCCGCUAGCGGCCCUGUGCUCUCGCUGAUAUUGAACAUCUUGAAUGGGUACAACUUCACCUCCGAUAGUGUGGCAAGCACUGAGAAGAAGAUCCUGACAUACCAUCGCAUCGUGGAGGCUUUUCGUUUUGCUUAUGCAAAGAGGACCUUACUUGGAGAUCCGGUGUUUCUCAACAUCACAGAUCUUAUCCAGAAUAUGACUUCAAGUUCCUAUGCCGAUGACCUCCGUGAAAAGAUCACGGAUGAUUCCACACACCACAUGAACUACUACGAACCCGAGUUUUACCUGCCGGAAAACCAUGGGACCUCCCACCUCUCUGUAGUAGCAGAGGAUGGAAGUGCUGUGGCUGCCACUAGCACCAUCAACCAAUAUUUGGGCUCUAAAGUCAUGUCAAGAUUAACGGGGAUACUUCUCAACAAUGAGAUGGACGACUUCAGCUCUCCGCUCAUCACAAACGGCUUCGGAGUUCCGCCUUCACCCAACAACUUCAUCAGGCCAGGAAAAAGGCCAAUGUCUUCUAUGUGUCCAGCCAUCCUCUUUGACAAAAACAACAAAGUUAAGAUGGUGGUUGGAGGCUCAGGAGGAACAAAAAUCACCACCUCAAUUGCUCAGGUGAUUCUGAAUGCACUGUUCUUCGACUACGACCUGCAUAAAGCUGUGUCAGAUCCAAGGCUCCACAACCAGCUGAGUCCCAACGCCACUGUAGCAGAGCCUGACUUUGACAAAAAAAUCCUGGAAGGUUUGGCAUUAAAGAACCACGAGACAGAGUUCCUGAAAGCAACGGGAGCUGUGGUGCAGGCGGUGGUUCGCUAUGAAGACGGACUCCAUGCUCAGUCAGAUCCUCGCAAGUGGGCGUACGCCGCAGGGUACUGAGGUCGUAAACACACCUCCAAUUGUGCAGAGACGUGCUACCCAUGUGAACCUUGACCCCAGAGGUAGGAAUUGAGAGAUUAAAGACUCAAUAAAGAACCAGGAACGUCAGCUGUCUUGGGCACCAAUUGGUCCCUCAUUAAGUUAGACUAACGUUCAUGUGCUGCAUAACACGGAAACUCUGAUAACAAAUUGACUUUUUGUUCAUUUAUGACCAAAGCAAAGUGCCUCAGUCUGAAAUGAAUGAUGAAUAUUGACUAAUGUCUAAUGCGUUUAAAUGCCAUUCCAUAAUUUCAUGUAAUUAAGAAAUGCAGAAGGCAUUGGAUGUUAUUUUAAAGGAUAGCUUUACCGUCAGUGUUUUGUUCACACUGUCGGUCAUAAAUGUGUACAAUUCCUACCUAUUUAUAAAGCCCUUUUGUUAAUCAUUAGAAGCAUAAAGCUGUUUCCCGUUCUUAUUGUACAUUAAAUAUGCGAUUUAGAUUACUAAAAACUGAAAUCUUAAUGAAGGAAAUAUCCACAUAAAUAAUCAACUGAAACUAGCAGACUUCAAAUUAGUUUUUAGUAAUUUAAAACUUUAGCAAAUUUCACCAGAACUGUUCAUAUGAGGUGAAGGCAAAAGGAGGGAGAGAUGGCAUGAGCUGUUGUUAAAAUAAAGGACUAUCACACCUCAGGGGCCACUAAGCAGUCCUACUUAAUGACUAGAGUAAUUUCCAACAACCCAGAGUGCAACGGCCUGUAAUGACCCCAUAAUAACAUUGCAGCUGUUGCUGCUCACUGUGACCGCUGGGAUUCAGGGCUCUUCUUUUCUCAGCUGGAAUGUAAAUGUAUUACAUAAUUACUGACAUGCAUAAAAGUGUAAAAUGAUUCUGCCUUUAUCAACUUUUUGCAACAAAUGACUGGUUCAUAUGUGAUAAACUCUUAGAAUAUUAAGUGGUUAAACAUUCACAACACAUAUUUAUUUAAAAACAAAUGAGGGACAAUCUCUGUGUGAAUGGAUUAUUUUGUAAUUUUAAUGUUUUAUUGUUUUUAUCAACUUGAUGAAGUAGAAGUUUUUAGUUUUUCACUUGAAAUGCAGAUACUGUAAUUGUUUAAGUAUUAAAACAUUAC